AGGCGCGCUGACUCAGUGCAGUCAUGUGUAUGGAAAGUCAGCUCGCUUUAGAGAUAACAAACAAGGAAAUCAGGACUUUUGGUUAGGCAGACAGCCGGGCUGAUAUCCCACACUCAAUUAAAUCUUAGUUAUAGUUUAGUUAGUUGUAAACGUCCGUCUAGUCGUCAUGGCGUCUCUUUUUAAGAAGAAGACUGCUGACGAUAUCAUCAAAGAGCAGACUAAAGAGUUGAGAGGCACACAGAGACAAAUCAGCAGAGACCGUGCUGCUUUGGAAAAACAGGAGAAGCAAAUGGAAAUGGAAAUAAAGAAAAUGGCCAAGGCUGGAAACCGAGAUGCCUGCAAGAUAUUGGCUAAGCAGCUGGUCCAACUGAGGAAGCAGAAGAAUCGAACCUAUGCUGUGAGCUCUAAAGUGACCUCUAUGUCCACACAGACCAAAGUCAUGAACUCUCAAAUGAAAAUGGCAGGAGCAAUGUCUAACACAGCCAAGACUAUGCAGGCUGUAAAUAAAAAAAUGGACCCAAAGAAGACUUUGCAGACAAUGCAGGACUUCCAGAAAGAAAACCUGAAAAUGGGCAUGACUGAAGAUAUGAUCAAUGACACACUGGAUGAAAUUUUUAGUGAGUCAGGGGAUGAAGAAGAAUCUCAGGACAUUGUGAACCAGGUGCUGGAUGAAAUUGGAAUUGAAAUUUCUGGAAAGAUGGUGAGAGCCCCCUCAGCUGGAAAGAGUCUCCCCAGUGCAUCAAAGACCAAAGCCGCUACCAUUUCCGAUGAGGACAUCGAGAGGCAGCUGAAGGCCCUGGGAAUGGAUUAAACCUCUUUGCACUCUACACCUGUGCUCUCAGAGCCAAAGCAAAGGGCUUAUACUAAAGCACUCAUGUAUACAUGACCUUACUAGCUGUGGAUACAGAGGGCCACAGGGCCGCUACUAAAUCAAUGAUUUAAAAAUGUAAAGACCAUGUAGUUAGUAGGAUUUGCUGUAGAUAUCUAAAGACAAAGUGGUGUUGGGGGUGAGUAAAGGAUUGGUCUUUUGAAGGAGGUCUCAGACUGAGGUACACAAAGACGUAAUUUGCCCUUUAACAUAUCUAAUGACCAGCCUUCUCUAAAUCAGUUUUAUCAAUUUAAGGCUUCAAUCCAAUGGUCUAGCAGCACUGCAUAAUCCUUUAAUAUGCUACAAAAUGGAGUUAUUAUAUAGGUUUAGGAGGAAGACUUCUUACUAGUUAACAUCCUAUGAAUCUACAUAUAAUUUCAGCAUCUUCCAACUCUGUACUAUUCAUCUCCCACUUGAGUUGGAGGCCUUGGUGUCACCCAGGACACAAGUUCUCCCCAUUUUCUUGAAUCCAUCUUCAUGUCAUUUAGCCAAGGACAUGGUUUGCACUUCCAGAAGUAUGGUGUUUUGAUUUUAGUGUACAUAACUUUAACAUUAACCUUCUGGUAAUGUGUGCUGUAUUGUACUUUUGCAGCUAUCAGAUGCUCAUUUUCCAGUUUUUCUAUCUCUGUAGGUUCAUUUGGUAAUAAGUUCAAGCUAAGGCUUUGUUCUCACAAUGAAAUGAGUGGCUUUCAUAUGCAGUUGGUAAGGAUUUGGUAAGCAUUUGUCUUGUUCAUUGAAAAUCCUUGCAUAUAGAUUUACUGAAUGUCAUUAUGAUGAAAUGGUCUUCAUUACUGAAUUAAUUAGAAAGGUUACUUGAUGCAUAGACCUAAUUAACAUAAUACAUACUGUAAUUUAGAUAUGCAUGUACAAGGAUAUACAAGUGGUCCUGUCAGCAAUAGUAACUCAUUUAGCUGUAUAUUAGCUCCACUAAGAAGUCUUUAAUUGGAUGUGACACACAGGUGUGGAAGAAACACAAAACUGUAGUGUCAGCUCCAGUUAAUUAUGUGGUCCAGUAUUUGCUGAAGAACACUGUGUUUCAGGCAUCAUUAUCACAGCUUAGUCCACAUGUGCAGGCUAAUUAUGCAAAAGGACUAUUACUGACCUGAGAAUUCCCCUGUCAUGGUCAAAUUGGAGCCAUGUCUACAGAUAAGAGAAACAAGCCAUGCUCAAAUUGACAGGAAUGAAGUCACUGUUACUGCUGAGGUUCUCAUGUUAAUGAGUGAAUACAUCAUUAGCUGAAGGACAUUUACAUUUAAAUCAUUUUGUGUCUACUGAGUUGUACAACUUAAAUUGUAAAGUAUGCAAAAGUCAUUAAACUCUGGUGUAAUUUUAGUGCCACUUAGAAAAGCAAUACAUCUCUCCACCUUUCUUUUUCUUUUUAACAUUAGGAUUCCCAGUAUGUUUUAAUGUUUUAAUUUUUCAUUUGUGUUUUUUAUUCUAACUUAUGUUAAAGGUAUGUGAAUAAAAUUUUAUGGA